AUGGCCACCCUUGCAGACAUUGGUGUCUCGGCUACCAUCAACAUUCUCUCAGCCUUUGCUUUCUUGCUGGCUUUUGCUCUGCUGAGGAUCCAACCCAUCAAUGAUAGGGUCUACUUUCCCAAGUGGUAUCUCAGCGGAGGGAGAAGGAGUCCUAGGAAUUCUGGGAAUUUUGUGGGCAAGUUUGUGAACCUCAAUUUCAGGACUUACCUUACCUUCCUGAAUUGGAUGCCACAGGCUCUCAGAAUGAGUGAGUCUGAGAUUAUUAGCCAUGCUGGCCUUGACUCUGCUGCUUUCCUUAGAAUCUACACUCUGGGCUUAAAGAUUUUUGUUCCAAUCACAGUUGUGGCACUCCUCAUUCUUAUACCAGUAAACGUAUCAAGUGGGACAUUAUUUUUCCUAAAAAGGGAAUUGGUAGUGAGUGAUAUUGAUAAACUCUCAAUAUCAAAUGUUCCACCUAAAUCUAUAAGAUUUUUUGUUCACAUAGCAUUGGAAUACCUGUUCACAAUAUGGAUUUGUUUUCUUCUGUACAAAGAAUAUGAUAAUGUAGCAUCAAUGAGAUUGCAUUUCAUGGCAUCACAACGCAGGCGUGUGGAGCAAUUCACAGUAGUUGUCAGGAAUAUCCCUCAUAUGCCUGGUCACUCAGUAUCAGAUUCUGUGGAUGGCUUCUUUCAAACAAACCACCCAAACCAUUAUAUUGGACAACAGGCUGUCUACAAUGCGAACAAAUUUGCUAAAUAUGCGAAAAGAAGAGAUAGACUUCAAAAUUGGCUGGACUAUUACCAACUUAAGUUCGAGAGACAUCCUGAUAAGAGGCCCACAGUCAGGAAUGGAUUUUUAGGUCUUUGGGGUGGGAAAGUUGAUGCUGUUGAGUACUACAAGCAUGCAAUUACGGAACUUGAUAAGCUGAUGACAUUGGAACGCCAGAAAAUUAUAAAAGAUCCCAAAGCUAUUUUGCCAGUUGCUUUUAUUUCAUUCAAUUCCCGUUGGGGGGCAUCGGUUUGUGCGCAAACCCAACAAAGCAAGAAUCCAACACUCUGGCUAACUGAUUGGGCUCCAGAGCCACGUGAUGUAUAUUGGCGGAACUUGGCCAUACCAUUUGUUUCUUUAAGCAUCCGGAAGCUUAUAAUAUCAUUGUCUGUGUUUGCCUUGGUAUUCUUCUACAUGAUUCCCAUUGCAUUUGUGCAAUCCCUUGCCAAUUUGGAGGGUCUUGAAAGAGUUGCUCCUUUUCUCAGACCAGUUAUAGAAUUGAAAUUCAUCAAGUCCUUUCUACAAGGUUUUCUUCCUGGUUUGGCUCUUAAAAUGUUUUUGUACAUUCUACCGGCAGUUCUGAUGAUCAUGUCAAAAAUUGAGGGAUUUAUUGCAUUGUCAACACUUGAACGGAAGACAGCUGCAAAAUAUUAUUACUUUAUGCUGGUGAAUGUUUUCUUGGGAAGCAUAGUGACUGGGACUGCAUUUGAACAACUGCAUUCUUUCCUUCACCAGUCACCGACACAGAUCCCUAGAACGAUUGGAGUUUCCAUUCCAAUGAAGGCUACCUUCUUUAUGACAUAUAUAAUGGUUGAUGGAUGGGCUGGAAUUGCUGGUGAGAUUCUCAGAUUAAAGCCAUUGGUUAUAUACCAUCUCAAGAACAUGUUCAUAGUUAAAACAGAAAGAGAUAGAGGAAAGGCCAUGGACCCUGGGAGUGUGGACUUUCCAGAAACUAUUCCAAGUCUUCAAUUAUACUUCCUUCUUGGAAUUGUGUAUGCUGUGGUGACACCAAUCCUUCUUCCCUUCAUACUAGUCUUCUUUGCCUUUGCAUAUUUGGUUUAUCGUCAUCAGAUAAUCAAUGUCUACAACCAACAGUAUGAAAGUGCUGCUGCAUUUUGGCCACUUGUUCAUAGCCGCAUCAUCGCAAGCUUGCUAAUAUCCCAGUUUCUUCUGUUGGGUCUGCUUAGCACCAAAAAGGCAGCUAAAUCCACACCUUUGCUUGUUAUAUUACCAAUAUUGACAUACGCAUUCCACAAGUACUGCCAGAGGCGUUUUGAGCCAGCAUUUAGGAAGUACCCGAUUGAGGAAGCAAUGUCAAAGGAUUUAUUGGAGAAGAGCACAGAACCUGACUUAAACAUAAAGGCUUAUUUGGCUGAUGCUUACUUGCAUCCAAUCUUCAGGUCAUUUGAGGUUGAAGAGGAAUUGGUUGAAGUCAGAGUAGAUAAACACCAAACUCAUGUUGCUAGUUCACCAUCAAGUGAGCCUAGUUCACCCUCCCCACCCCAUCAUCUGCAUCAAUCAUUCCCAUCCCAUCAUUUGCAUAUACCAUCUCCGCCCCAUCAUUUGCAUAUACCAUCCCCACCCCAUCAUUUGCAGGAACCAUCCCAACCCCAUCAUUUGCAAGAACCAUCCCCACCACAUCAUGUCCCUGAACACACUCCACCUCAAUAUAAUGUGUAUCCACCAGGUUAUUACUACCAGUACCGUCCUCCCUCUCCUCCCCAUUAUGUUCAUCAGUACUAA